GGAGAUGAGCUCCCCGAUCAGCUGACACGGAUCUUUCCGUCUCAACUGAUCGGUUGGGAAAAUAACAACGAAUUCAUUGAAAUCUGGCAGAAUCAGAUUUUGUUCGCCAUGGCGCUGAAACGCCAAACGCUACUAAGUCGUAGUAUGGUUGUGUCCUUGAAAAUAUGCUUUCAGAUAACGAGUGAAUCGACACGUCGUGCGAUGACCCUUGGAGGACAUUCAGGCAGAGCGCAUCCAUCGUUGGCCAAGCUUAGGGACAAUAUCCUUAAUGGCACCAUCGACUUUGCUGAGGUGCCCAUAGCCGACAUGAAUCCCGAGGACAUCCGGGCGGAGUUGAAACGUGUUUACACUCAGCUGCGGAUGUAUAAACUCAAAAAUCUCUAUCAAGACAAUCCGCACAUCUCUAAAAAACGUGGAGGCAAGAAGUGGAGCGAUAAGACUGGGAAAGUGAUGCAUUUGAUGGAUAGCGGGAAUCGUACCCGUAUUGUUUAG